AGUCGGUCUUCAAUCACAUACCUGAUCACACAAAAUGGAGCCUCCUUCUAAGAAGAUGCGAAAGCUCUUGGAUCAAGAUAGCGAUAGUGACUCUGGGGACGAUGCUGGUGGAGUUCUCCUCGGCAAGCAGUCGUCUGAUACCGGGUUCACGAUCAAUGAAGACUACGCUCGUCGAUUUGAACACAACAAGAAGAGAGAAGAAGUUGCGAGGUUGGAAGCGAAGUAUGGCAAGUCCUCCAGUCUUGGAAACCGCCCAGACGAAGACUCUGAGGAUUCCGACUCCGAAGAAGAGGACGACAAUGCAGAGCUCGCUACAGUAGCUCUGGAUGCUGAAAUCUCGGCGACUUUGAAUGCUAUUCGUUCGAAGGAUCCUCGCGUUUACGACAAAGAUGCCAGCUUUUACAGCAAGUACAACCCAGAGGAAACCGCCGCCGGAAAGGGCCCCAAGGAAAAGUCCAUGACGCUGCGACAAUACCAUACGGAAAAUCUUCUGAGUGGUGUCAACCCAACUGAAGAGGACAAUACCCCAAGGACCUAUGCCCAAGAGCAAGCCGACUUGAAGAAUGCUAUUGUCAAGGAGAUGCACGGAGCGGCAGACAAGUCUGACGAAGAGAUGGAAGAUGCCGACGAGUUCAUGGUCCGCAAGCCCGGCCAGGACAUUUCGUUGCCUAAAUCUGAAAUCAAACUCGAUAUCGAGAAUGCGGACAAAGACCCCGAGACUUUCCUGUCCAACUUUUUGUCAGCACGAGCCUGGAUCCCCACCGACAGGCCAGAGUUGCAUCCGUUCGAUUCGGAUGAGGACGACGACGUCGACCGGGCGGAAGCUAUUGAAGAAGCGUACAACUUCCGAUUUGAAGACCCCAACAAGAUGAACGAGGUGAUAGUCACACACUCUCGUGAUCUCACCAACAAGCAAUCCGUCCGUCGCGAAGAGAAGAGUUCCCGUAAGAAGAUCCGCGACGCUGAGCGCGCACUCAAGGAUGAGGAGAAAAAGCAACGCGAAACUGAGAAGAAUCGUCUUCGCAAACUGAAGACAGAAGAACUACAGAAAAAGGUGGAGCAAAUCAAGGAGGUUGCAGGACUUCGUGCCUCAAAAUUCACGGACGACGACUGGUCUCGUUUCCUGGAUGCUUCCUGGGACGACUCAAACUGGGAAGCGGAGAUGCAAAAACGGUUUGGUGAGGAGUACUACGCCGGGGAGGAGGGCGAGGACAGCGAAAAUGAGGGAGGCAAGAUGAAGAAGCACCCUAAGAAGCCUACGUGGGAUGACGAUAUCGAUAUCAAGGACUUGGUCCCAGACUACGAGGAUGAAGAAGCGAAGCCCACAGUCGAACUAUCAGAAGCCGAAGACGAAGAUGACGACGAGGCUUCCGGAUCUAAGAAGAAGAGCAAGGCCGAAGAGAAGCGGAUUCAGAAACGUGAGGCCCGCAAAGACCGUCUUCGCAUUGACGAUGCGGUUGAGCGCAACCUGGAUCUCGACAUCACCUUGCUUCCUGGAGCUACAAAGAAGAACGCCACAAAGUUCCGCUACCGCGAAACCUCACCGCAGAGCUUUGGCUUGACGGCACGGGACAUCCUCAUGGCGGACGACAUACAGCUCAACAAGUUCGCUGGUCUGAAGAAGCUCGCCACCUUCCGCGAGGAAGAGCAGAAGCGGCGCGAUCAGAAGAGGCUGGGCAAGAAGGCCCGGCUUCGCGAGUGGCGCAAGGACACUUUCGGUGACGAGAAUGGGCCGGUGUUCAAGUUCGGCGGUGAUGUCCAACCUAGUCAGCCUAAGGAUGCUGUGGAUGAGGAUAAGGUUGAUAUUAGAGAAGGAGAUGGCACACGUAAGAAGAGAAAGAGGUCGAAGAAGCAUUAA